AGUUCCGCUCUGAAAGCAACGUCACAGGUAACGUUAUAAAUAUAUUCUGGCAUCACUCUUUGGUCGUUCAAACGAUCGACCAUGCUCCGGUUGGCUUUUACUCAGCUGCUCUGCAUGAUUUGGUCUGUAUUAUGCGCAGGCCUUGUUUAUGAAUGCAGUUUUGAUGGCACGAAACUGAAAGAAGGACCAGAGCAAAAUUUGUCGCCAUCGAUUAAUCCGCUCACGUUUGCCAGGCAACUUCCGCUUUCCAGAACACUGUCUCACUCGUGUAUCGUAAGGACGGACUCAAAGGAAAGUUUCUUACAUGUUAAAGCCAAGACUUAUGGAGCAACUCGCGGAGCACUUCAUGUGGCAGUCUAUGAUGCUGAUGAGGCUUCGCUAGGUCAGCUAGAUAUUCCUGUUACUGGCUCCUGGAGAAAGAUGAGCACGUGCCCACAGAAAUCUGGCCAGGGUUAUCUGGUGCAAUUUACAGGAACCCCAAACGUAAGUUACACUGCUGAAAUUUAUGAUGACGUGCCGAAUGUGACAUUAGGUAAAGAAGUGAGCUUUGACAUCUCAACACAGUCCCCAUCGCAGAUAUUUCAGUUCAAGCCAAUGAAGGGAAUCUCCAAGAAACAACUCGAUAUCACCGUGGAGUCAAAUUCAACGAUUUCAGCUUACUUAAAAGUGUCCCACACUUGCAAAAAGGUCGCAGCUAACGACAUUAAGUAUCUUGAUUACAAUGGCGGAUCUUUGAGGCUAAGCUUUGAUAAAAAGGGGCGGAUUACUCUGUCUAAAGCUUCUGUACCUCCUCUGAAAGAUUCGGACGCCGCCUGGUUCAUCGGCAUAGCACUGAAGGACAAACCUGAUGGUGGAAAUGUCACAAAAACUGUACGAUUAACUCUGACAAGCUCGUUUGACUACGACUACGGUAAACCGUUCUAUUUUUUAAUCGGUACGUCUUUCUUUGGAGGUAUCGUGGUGGCGUUGUGGGCGUUGUUAUGUUUCAGAGAGCCGUAUAUCCUAGCGCACGAGGACAGUCACCUUGAUGACACUACUAAUGCCAGUUUCUCUAUUUCUGGCACUGGCUUUAAAGCCAAUCUAAAAAGCCUGUUUUCGUCUUGCUGGGGACAAAACGGAGGAGAAAGUGACGAGCUACGCCCACUGUUGCGCGGAUCAAGAGACCGGAAACCAUUGACCUGGAAGGAAGUGGCUCGUGCCAUGAAAAACGUUUUGUUUCACCACUGGUUCACUAAAGGACCCAAGACGUUCUCUUACACCACGUGCAUUGUUGGCUUUGUCCUUUUGGUGGGCGCGUUUCAGUUUGUCUUUGAAGAUUGGCAUCUGAUGAUCCAGGAUGGCGACAGGGACAGGUGUUAUUACAAUGACCUGUGCUAUAGAGUGAGUGGAUAUGACAUCCCGUUCAACUUGAUGAUAAGCAAUUUAGCGUACAUGAUUCACGGCUUGAUUCUCUGUUGGUCCGUGUGGAUCAUGGAAGCUGAGCUGCUGGCCUGGUGUCAUAGAAUGGAACGCAGGAACAGACUCAAAACCCCCCGUCUGCCCGUUAAUCAAGUUGAACUGCCUAAGCAUGUCCUGAAAUGCCCCAACAUUAAUGCGCAUUUUGCUACAAUGUCUGUUCCACCUCUACUAACCAACCCAGAGGAAGCCAUUUUAUUGCAUGCUGAAGCGCAUAAGAGAAAAUAUACCUUUUCCAUCGGCUACGCCUUUGCCUGGGGGUUAAUUUUUGAGGGUUGCUUUUCCAUGUUAUAUCAUUUUUGCCCCACCAAAUUAACUUUCCAGUUCGAUACUGCGUUCAUGUUCGUCAUUUCAGGUUUGAUUGUUCUUUCAUUGUACAAUGGCAUCAGUUUCAAAGAGUGCGCUAAUGGUCAGGAAAUCCAACAGCCUGUGGAUGCCAGCAAUUUUUUCCUUUACUUCAUAGUUCCGCUGUAUGUGUUCAAUUACUUCGGUUCUUUGUACUAUUCCAAUACUGAGAGCUUGAGUUUAGGAAUGCAAAUUUUUUUUGUACUUUGUCUGGUAGUAUAUUAUAUCAUCAUUUUUUCAUGGGCGGGUGUAAAGCUAUUUUACAACAUAUCAAGUUGGGGCGAUUUUAAAAGGUGCGAUGCGCUAACGAAGGCUGUGAUAUUCAUUGUAAUCGUGGCGCUUGGGAGCAUUGUUCUCCCCGUGUUGUUUAAAACAAAUUUUCCGAACAUGUUUUUGUUCAGUUGCAUAUUAGCUUGCCUUCUUGCCAUUAUUGGCAAAGUUGUGAUUAAGUUCUGGCGAAGCGAGCGCUCUCAUUGGACGAUUAAAAAAGUUGCAUUCCGCAUCUUCCAAGGCUCGUAUGUUUUGGCCACGCUAGGGGUUAUGGGUACUGCGGUCUGGAUUUUUUCCCUGAAGGCAACGACAGAUAAAGUGAAACCUCCCGAAAUCUCUCGUGAUCUGAACCAAGCCUGCGCGGUAGUGGGUUUCUUUGAUUACCAUGACCUAUGGCACAUAUUGUCUUCCUUCGCGCUUCUAAUGGGAGCUUAUUUAGUCCUAUAUAUCAGCGAAUGAGCUCGAGGUAUUCACUGUGAUACUUAUCAACCUGGCCUGUAGCAAGCGCGUGAAAAGAGGCGCGAACCGUUUUGUAUCUGAUUGGUUAAGUAUGCUGUACAGAUUUUCCAGCUCUAAGAGCUACAAAGGAUCUGCUGUGAUUUCCCUGUUAUAAAUGUAUCCCCAAGAGAUUAUUACUACGUUUUGUUAACACGUAUGUAGUUUGUACUUACUUUUAGCUCAAAGCCAGACGUUACGCGUCUUAAUAAAUGAUUAAUUGAUUGAUUAUGUGAGGAAACUCCACGUAAACUUUAUGAUUGUACAAAAGAAGAAAUUAGAUAUAUUUUAAAGAAUAAAAGUUGCUACAAUAAACAGAUUUUCUAAUACAUGUAUACAGCUAAAGCAGAGUGUUUCAGUUUCAGUUUUUUUUUUAUCGCACACUAUUUACAGAAAAACAACCUAACGUAAGAUGGUUUACAAUGAUA